UUGAUUUUCCUCUCAUCAUGUAUCUCAAUUCCAGUAUUCUACCCAUCAAAGUAAAAUAAACAAAAAUAACAAAAUGAGAAUUCUUGUUUUCUUCUUAUUUAUUCACUGUCUGAAUAUUAGCUUCAUUAAUGGCGAAAUAUUAUCAGAACAUGAAGCAUUAUUAGCUAUUAAAUCUGCCAUUAAAGAUGAUAAAAGUCUAUCAUCUUGGAAAAACACUACUCACCAUUGCAAUUGGUCAUUCGUCACUUGCUCUUCGUCUUCUCACUCUCCCACUGUCAUUUUCCUGGAUAUCUCCAACUUAGAUCUCAAUGGUACUCUCUCUCCUCAAAUCGGUUUUCUUACAAACCUGCAAUAUCUAUCUCUCCAUGAUAACUAUUUUUAUGGGCAUGUCCCGUCUUCUCUUCCUCUCCUUACAAAACUCCAAUAUCUCGACCUUAGCUUUAACAACUUUAGUGGUGAGAUACCAAAUUCUUUGUCUCUUCUUAAAAAUUUACGUCAUUUGGGUUUAUCAAAUAAUAUAUUACAUGGUGAGAUACCAAAUUCUUUUUCUCUUCUUACAAAUUUGAUUUAUUUGAAUUUAUCAAAUAAUCAAUUACAUAGUGAGAUACCAAAUUCUUUUUCUCUUCUUACAAAUUUGAGUUAUUUCGAUUUAUGUAAUAAUCAAUUACACGGUGAAAUACCAAAUUCUUUUUCUCUUCUUACAAAUUUGCUUUAUUUGGAUUUAUCAAAUAAUCAAUUACAUGGCGAGAUACCAAAUUAUUUUUCUCUUCUUACAAAUUUGAUAGUUUUGAAUUUACCAAAUAAUCAAUUAGAUGGUGAGAUACCAAAUUCUUUUUCUUCUCUUACAAAUUUGAAAUUUUUUGAUUUAUCAAAUAAUCAAUUACACGGUGAGAUACCAAAUUCUUUUUCUCUUCUUUCAAAUUUGAUUCAUUUGGGUUUAUCAAAUAAUCAAUUAUAUGGUGAGAUACCAAAUUCUUUUUCUCUUCUUACAAAUUUGAUUCAUUUGGGUUUAUCAAAUAAUCAAUUACAUGGUGAGAUACCAAAUUCUUUUUCUCCUCUUACAAAUUUGAAAUUUUUGGAUUUAUCAAAUAAUCAAUUACACGGUGAGAUACCAAAUUCUUUUUCUCUUCUUACAAAUUUGAUUUAUUUGGAUUUACUAAAUAAUCAAUUACAUGGUGAGAUACCAAAUUCUUUUUCUCUUCUUACAAAUUUGAGUGUUUUGGAUUUAUCAAAUAAUCAAUUACAUGGUGAGAUACCAAAUUCUUUUUCUCUUCUUACAAAUUUGAAUUAUUUGGAUUUAUCAAAUAAUCAAUUACAUGGUGAGAUACCAAAUUCUUUUUCUUUUCUUACAAAUUUGAAUUUUUUGGAUUUAUCAAAUAAUCAAUUACAUGGUGAGAUACCAAAUUCUUUUUCUCUUCUUAAAAAUUUGAAUUAUUUGUAUUUAUUAAAUAAUCAAUUACAUGGUGAGAUACCAAAUUCUUUUUCUAUUCUUACAAAUUUGAAUUAUUUGGAUUUAUCAAAUAAUCAAUUACAUGGUGAGAUACCAAAUUCUUUUUUUAUUCUUACAAAUUUGAUUUAUUUGAAUUUAUCAAAUAAUCUAUUACAUGGUGAGAUACGAAAUUCUUUUUCUCUUCUUACAAAUUUGAGUGAUUUGGAUUUAUCAAAUAAUCAAUUACAUGGUGAGAUACCGAAUUCUUUUUCUCUUCUUACAAAUUUGAAUUAUUUGUAUUUAUCAAAUAACAAAUUACAUGGUGAGAUACCAAAUUCUUUUUCUCUUCUUACAAAUUUGAUUGAUUUGGAUUUAUCAUAUAAUCAAUUGCAUGGUGAGAUACCGAAUUCUUUUUCUCUUCUUUCAAAUUUGAUUUAUUUGGGUUUAUAUAAAAAUCAAUUACAUGGUGAGAUACCAAAUUCUUUUUCUCUUCUUACAAAUUUGAGUUAUUUAGAUUUAUCAUAUAAUCAAUUACAUGGUGAGAUACCAAAUUCUUUUUCUCUUCUUACAAAUUUGGGUGAUUUGGAUUUAUCAUAUAAUCAAUUGCGUGGUGAGAUACCGGAUUCUUUUUCUCUUCUUUCAAAUUUGAUUUAUUUGGAUUUAUCAUAUAAUCAAUUGCAUGGUGAGAUACCGAAUUCUUUUUCUCUUCUUUCAAAUUUGAUAUAUUUGGAUUUAUCAUAUAAUCAACUCACGGGUCUGUUACCUGUCAACGUUGGAAAUCUUACAAGUCUUCGUUAUUUCGUUGUUGCCAACAAUAACUUGAUUGGAAAAACCACACCACAGAUUACAGGAUACAAUGUCACGAAUUUUAAAAACUCUUCUAUCUGCAACUUGGUUAAUCUUCACAUCCUUGAUUUAUCUUAUAACAAGUUUAAUGGAGAAGUUUCUCAUUGCUUGGGCAAUACUAGUACUCAAUUAGCUGUAUUAAAUCUCCAAUCAAAUAAUUUCAAAGGCAUCAUUCCAUCAGAAUUAUUUUCUACUUGUGAUUCCUUGGAAUAUGUAGAUUUCACUGACAAUCAGUUAGAAGGAGCUAUACCUAGGUCUUUAUCUAAAUGUAGACACUUGAUAUUUCUAAAUUUGAGGAACAACAAAUUCAAAGAUGUAUUCCCCUAUUGGUUAGGUAGCCUUCCAUCUUUAGAGGUUCUCAGCCUAUCCUUUAAUAAAUUUCAUGGUGAUAUAACCAACAAUUUAUCAAAGAUUGCAACAUUUUCUUUUUCAAAUCUACAAAUUCUCGACCUUUCAAACAAUAAUUUCUGUGGUAAGUUGCCAUUCAUGUACAUCAAACAAUUUCGUUCCAUGAUGGAUAACAACAUGUCUAAUAUAGGAAGUCCAAGGUACUUAGAAUAUAGAGCUGGUAGUUAUAUGUACUCCAUCAGAAGUCAAAGGUAUUUAGAAUAUAAUGUUAGUGAUUAUAUGUACUCCAUCAACAUGACAGUAAAGGGGAUGCAACUGGAUUAUAAGAAGAUAAUUAUUUCUAUGUCAACAUUUGAUAUGUCUAAUAAUCACUUUGAAGGAGAGAUUCCAAAUUCGAUAGGAAUGUUGCGAGCACUUCGAAAUCUUAAUCUCUCGCAUAACCUACUUACCGGAAACAUCCCUCCAUCCAUCGGGAACUUAUCAUUGUUGGAUGGUUUAGACCUAUCAUCAAAUAGGCUUAUCGGUGAAAUCCCUCAAGAACUUGUUAGUUUAACAUCUCUCGAGGUUUUUAAUGUUUCAUAUAAUCAACUGGAAGGGCCUAUACCCCAUGGUAACAAUUUUAAUACCUUCCCAUCUGAUUCGUACAAGGGAAAUCUUAAAUUGUGUGGAGCACCAUUACUUGAAUGCAAAAACAACAGUGUUGUGCAAUCUUUGAACAAUGAUAAUGUGGAAGAAAAAACAGAAUUAUCAAUGUGGGAAGUUGUAGUGAUUGGAUUUGGAAGUGGUACAAUUGUUGGUUUGGCUUGGGGGUACUACAUAUUGUCAGUGGGGAAGCCUUUUUGGCUUUUUAAAUUGUUGAACAAGAUGGAAUGGGCUUUACUUGAUAUUCAUGACCACCAUUUCAGUAGAAGAAGUAGAACAAGAAGAACAAAGAACUAAAAGUGAUCAUCUAUGUGGGAAACAUUUCAUUUGUAGCAAGAAGUAGAGUAUGAUGGAAUGAGCCUUUUUGGGCUUUACUUGAAUUUGCAGCAUUUUUUUUUCUUUUCACUGUACUUUAUUCAUAAUUAUAUUUUGUGAUAAUAACAUUUCUUUUCUAUAAAAAAAUAUAAAUGUGUGCCAAAUGGAUGAAUGUGAUAAUCUAUCUAAAAAAGAAAUAUUUCAUUUCAUGAGAUGUCUAUAAAGUAUUAAAAUAUACUUAGUUUUAAUACACUGAUAAUUCCUCAUAAAUUCCAUAAAAUAAAAUAAAAAAUAGAGAUAAAUGGUAACAAAAGGCUAACUAGAAUAAGAAUUACAUAAAUCAAAUUUUAACAACAAAAAAUUUACAAAAUAAUUGGCAGUGUUUUUGAGUAAUAGCAAGCAUUUAUUAAAUA